AUGAAUAAAAGAUCUGUCACUUAAACUGAGAGAGCAAAUAGUGCAGCAUUAGCUAAGACCUAAGUUAGUACUUAAUAAAAAUACACAUUCAUGACUUAAGCAUAGAAGACAGAGAAUUUGUAUUAUCAACUUUAUUGACAUUUUUAGACUAAAUGAAAUUGUUGAAUAAGAAUGUCCACUUUAUACAUAAUAUAAGUAGAAGAAUCUAAACAAUCCUAUUAUGAAAAUUAGAGAAUUCAAGAAACCAUUAGCUGAUCCAGUCGAUCAUACUGAUUAUAUUAAGUUCUAAAAAAUGAAGAAUAACUUUGUUAAAGAAUAUAAACAAAAAUUAGAUAAUUAUUUCGAAAACAAUACAAAAUUUGAAAGAAGAUUUUUCAAAAUAUAUCAUCGAAAAGAUCAAAUUUAUUUUAAACAUAAACAUUCAUCUUAAAAACAUUGUGAAAAUCCAGAAGUUACAGAUAUGAUUAAUUACAAUUAGAUUCUAUAAAUGAAUCAACAAUAAACUUAGCGUGCUAAUUUUAAUAAAUAACAAGAGAAAAGGAGAAGAGAACUAAAAAUGGAAGAGAAAGAAGAAAAAGAAUAUAUAAAACUAAUCAUGGAAAAGUUUUUAAAAGAAGAAUAAAAGUAUUUUGACAAAUUGAGUAAUUUGGAAGAAUAAGGUUAAUAAAUGUUUUAAGAAAAGGUUUAACUAAGAAAUAAAUACACUCAUGAUUAUAUAAAAAAUCCAUAAAGAGAAUUUGUUGAGAGAAAAGAUCUUAUAAUAAACAAAGGUAAUUAAGUUCCAGAAUAUUUGAAUUCUUCAGUAAUUAGUAAUGCUGGAUCAUAAAUUUAAUCAUAACCUACUUAAGGUUAACCAAAUAUGCCUUUUUCUAGUGCUUUUUCAAGUUUUCAAUAACUUCCAUCUUUUCAAAAUGUAUUACAUAGAAUGAAUUCAAAUGUAUUAUACUAAUUGCCUGUGCCUCAAAUAUAAGAAUAUGAUUUAUAGCCAGGAGAAUAAAUAAAGAAGCCAUCAACAUAUUAAACAUAAUAGAUUUUGGAUCUAUAAAGAUUAAUUACUUUAAAUGAGAAAAUUGAAUUUACAUUUAGAAUAGUUAGUGAACCAUCAUUAUUAAAUUUAAUAGAUUGUAAUGGUUGUACACUCUUACAUUUAGCAGCUUUAAAAGAAAGAAAUGGAAUAGCGAAAUUUUUACUUAUAAAAGGUAUUGAUUACAAAAAGAUGGACAAUAAAGGGAGAACUGCUUUAGAUAUAGCAAUUAAAUAAAAAAACUAAAGUUUAAUUGAUUACAUAAAUCGAAUAAAAAAGAAAGGAUUAAAAGAAAUAAAUUGA